UCCUCCCCGCCCCGCUCGGAGCCGCUUCCCGGGCGCGCGGGCCAGCUUCCCCCCCCCCGCCGCCUCUCUCCAGGCCCGGGGCGUUUCGGCGGCGUUCCGGCCUCGGGGGGCGUCGGCCAAGAUGUCUUCGGUGCAGGCGUCCCGCAGACAAUGGUGCUACUUGUGCGACCUGCCCAAGAUGCCCUGGGCCAUGAUCUGGGACUUCAGCGAGGCCGUCUGCCGGGGCUGCGUCAACUUCGAGGGCGCCGACCGCAUCGAGCUGCUCAUCGAGACGGCGCGCCAGCUCAAGCGCAGCCACGCCAUGCCCGAGGGCCGGUCGCCGGGGCCGCCGGGCGCUAAGCAGGCCAAGGACGGCGCGGGAGGCGGGUCGGUGGCGGGGCUGGAGCGCUACGAGCGCGCCCGCCUGGCCGGCCCCGACUACGCGCUCAGCCCGCGCUUGCCCAACGGGCUGGCCCGCGGCGGCGAGGAGGCGGGCGGCGGGGAAGGCAGCCGGCAGAGCCCGACGGCCCGGCGCGCUCUGGUGGGCCCGGCGCCGCCCGGCCUGGUGCCUCCGCCGGGGCUGAUGCUGGCGGCGGCCUCGGUGCGCGCCGGGCCGGGGCCGCUGCCGCUGUCCUCGCCGCUGCUGGGCGAGCUGGCCAAGCCGGCGGCGUCGCGGGCGGGCUACGAGUACGAGAAGGAAAAGGCGCGGCACAGCGAGUGCCUGGCCGAGCUGAACGAGGCCAUGCGGGCCCGCGCCGAGGAGUGGCACGGCAAGCCCAAGGCGGUGCGGGAGCAGCUGCUGGCGCUGUGCGGCUGCGCGCCCUUCACCGUGCGCUUCAAGAAGGACCACUCGCUGACCGGGCGCAUCUUCGCCUUCGACGCCGCCGCCCGGCCGGGCUACGAGUACGAGCUGAAGCUCUUCGCCGAGUACCCCUGCGGCUCGGGCAACGUCUUCGCCGGCGUGCUGGCCGUGGCCAAGCAGAUGUUCCAGGACUGCCUGAAGGAGCCGGGCAAAGUGCUGUCCUCCGGCUACAAGUACCUGGAGUACGAGAAGCGGCACGGCUCGGGCGACUGGCGCCUCCUGGCCGAGCUCUUCACCGAGGCCGUGCGCUACUUCCGCGAGCCGCCCGCGCCCGACGCGCUGCCCCAGCAGUUCCUCGACGCCGCCGCCGUUGCCGGGCCGCCCAACGUGCUGCUGCGGGCUGCGCCACCUGCCCGCCCGGGCUUGCGACGCCGCAAGGCCUCCCCGGAGCCCGAGGGGGAGCUGGCGGCCGGGAAGCUGACGGGCGAGGAGCAGCUGCAGCAGCAGCGCCAGCACUGGAUGCCCCCGGGAUCCUCGGCGGCCACCGGGUUGUACCCGCCGCCGGGCUUGACCCACCUGCCCACCCAGGCUGGCUUGCCCGAGGGCUCCCUGCGCAACGACCCCUCGCCCAUCACGGCCCUGAAGAACGUGGCCGACACGCUGGGCGGCAAGGAGCUCAACCCUGUGCACUCCACCACCGCCCGGCAGAACAGCACCAGCCCGGCCUCGCCGGCCGCUUCGGGACCCCACCGCCUGGUGCCUCGCAACGGCGAGCCGGGCCAAGCGGCCACCACCACUUCUUCUUCCUCCUCCUCUUCCUCCUCGUCUUCAUCGUCUGGAGCCCACUCUUCCGGGGCAGCCGAGCCCAGCGGCACCCAGAGCGCCCCCGACUCGUCCGGAGGGGCGGGCAGCGCCCCGCUCUGCUGCACCAUCUGCCACGAGCGGCUGGAGGACACCCACUUUGUGCAGUGUCCCUCGGUCCCGGGCCACAAGUUCUGCUUCCCCUGUUCGCGGGAUUUCAUUAAGGCCCAAGGAGCUGCCGGCGAGGUCUAUUGCCCCAGCGGGGAGAAGUGCCCCCUGGUGGGCUCCAAUGUGCCCUGGGCCUUCAUGCAGGGCGAGAUCGCCACCAUCCUGGCGGGGGAUGUCAAAGUAAAAAAGGAGCGCGAUCCGUGAAGCCGGCCAAGAGGAGAGGCUACGAUCCGGGACGGUGUGUGCCGUGGCAUGCCCCCUGCCUGCCUUGGCUCCUGCGGCCAGGGCAGGGACUGGAGUAACUUAUUCCCCCUCGGACAUCCUCUGUAACCCGCUGUGGAUUUGCGGGGGGCUGUAUAUAGUUCUAUUUUUUAAAUCCUGUUUCCAUAGCCAGCUUAUAUCUGAAAUCACAUCUACGUAACCUACUACAGGGGAAGGGGUGGGCGAGGGGUUUGGGUGGACGGACUACGCACUUGCGGGGCGGGAAGGAGAGACUGAAAUGCGGGGUUGACGAGUUCAGAAGUCUCUUGGAGCAUCUCGCCUGCCACGAAGAUGCCACAGCCGACUUUCUCCGAUGUCUUGAUGUUUGACUCUUUCCCGAACCAAAACUUCCCCAGCCCCACAUCGGUCCACUAGGUGCUACUUAAACCUGGUUGCAGCUUCACUUGCUCACGUUCCCCUGUUCCGCUUCAUUCAGAGGCCUCCUCCCUGUUGGAUGGCCAGUCUCUGUACAUGUCAUUCUCAUGGCCCGGCCAUCACAGCUCGUCGCUGGACACUGUUCUGAAUCUGUGCACCUUCGUUGGGAAGUUCAGGAGUCUGAAACUAACUGGGUUUGGAUGCUGGGUGGAUCCAGGGAGGGGAAGGGAAGGAGGCAUGCUGUGUGGGAAUGGUUGGGGGGGAGAGGAGGAGGAGGAGAAGGGGGGGUCUAGAAAAUUAGGAGGAAGCAGUGUAGCAGGAAGAAGGAGAGAUGGAAAAAGUGCCUCGCGUGUUGAUCUUAAAGUUAGGCAGGGGGGGGGGUAUUUUUCAUACCAAAAGACUAAGCAUGCACACCAAAAAUAAGGGUUGGGGUUUGUUUGUUUUUUGUUAAAAUGCAGAAUUUGUUGGGUGGAAGAGAGUAGAGAAGGUCCAAGAAAGGUCAGGAUUAAGAGGCGUGUGCGGAGGAAAACACUUAAUACAGACCCAAUCCACUGCUACUUUCUUUCUGCCGCAUGAGCGUCUCUUGAAUGAAUAAGAGAAGCGUAGAGAACACAUCUUCAGAUGUAUUCAUACCUUACAGAUGAGUAGAGUUUCCACACCCAUUCUCCUCAGCCAGCCAAGGCUGAGAAUAAUGGGCACGGGCUCAGAUUGGAUGGGAGACUGCUCUGGGGAGCUGUUUAAGCCUUGCUCAGGAUGGCACUGGGCAAAAAAACACACACACACCCAAGUUCAGUUCUGCUUCCUUGCCUCCUACAGAAGAAUCUCCUGGGUCUGUUGGUUUCCUGACUCUUAAGUAGAGAGAUGGUGUUAGGUGGAGAGGAAAAAAAAAUCAGAUUCUUAAUUAAAGAAAGGUGGCCAUAAAUCCAUAAAGGGGAGGGGGGAGAAAUGGCACACUCAGUGUGAUGGGAUUUGGAGGUACAGGGGACUAAAAUACAGGCACUACCCCAUAACCUCUGAUCUGUUUGUGUGUGUGUGUGUGGUUCCACAUCUGUUCACUUGUUGGUGGUUCUGCCGACUUUGGUGUGUGUUUGUGUUGCAACAGGGGAAGAGGUCGGACAGGAGAAAGUGUGGGAAUCAGAUUCCCACGUGGAAGACUUUGGGGUGAAGGGGAGAGGAGGUUAAAUUUGUUUUUGUAUUUUACUUGUCUCUGUCAAUAAACUUGGUUAUCUUUUUUUUCUCCCAUG